AUGCUGCAGCAACAAGCAGGCCUGGGCUCGCGGACACAAACUGUCAAUAUCCAGCCAGUUCUACAUCUCCGGGGUCGUGAGGGUGACAAAAAGAAGACCAAGUCGCUGUCCAAAGUAAGAUGGACAGAGGAUGUGGUUGACAACGAACACAUGAACAAGAAGAAAACCAAGAUUUGCUGUAUUUUCCAUCCCCAAAGAGAGUUUGGCGAGAGCUCGGACUCGUCAAGUGAUUCAUCAAGUGACUCCAGUGAUGCCUCUGGUGAUGAGGGCGAAGGCAAGCCAGAUUUUGGUCAAAACGGUAAGAAGCAUGACCAUGAUGAGAAGGAUACAGACGGGCAUGAAGCUCCAGAUGAUGGACAUGACCAUUCGAAGUGUAACCAUAAGAGAAAGCCAAAGAAGAAGCUGGGUCCCAAUGCGUAUGAGAAGCAGCCUCAAUAUAAGAACCAGAGUACGGUGCCUGAUGACGCCAUCUAA